UCUGAGUUACUCUGAGCUCCUUCCUCUGACCCGCCGUAAUCUUGUAACCCUCUCGUUUGUGUGUCAGUGCGUACUGUGGGGGCCUGUGGCUGGCCUCAGUCUGCGUGAUGUGCAAGAUGGCCCGGCUGCUGGACAGAGAAUCCGUGUACUGGCGCUACAGGGACGUGCUGGACAGGGGGAGUGCUGCCUUUGACGAGCUGUUAUGGAACGGUCAGUACUAUAACUAUGACAGCAGUGGGCGGGACCUCUCCAACAGCGUGAUGUCAGACCAGUGUGCCGGUCAGUGGUUCCUACGGGCGUCCGGCCUUGGUGAAGGGGAGUACCAGGCCUUCCCGGUAGAGAAGGUGCAUCGCGCCCUGAAGUCCGUCUUUGACCUGAACGUGUUGCGCUUUGCCGGGGGCCGGAUGGGGGCUGUUAAUGGCAUGCGUCCGGAAGGCGUUCCUGACCGCUCCAGCGUCCAGUCGGAUGAGGUGUGGGUGGGUGUGGUCUACGGACUUGCUGCUACCAUGAUUCAUGAGGGAAUGGUACAGGAGGGACUCUGCACUGCGGAAGGCUGCUACCGCACGGUGUGGGAGCAGCUGGGCAUGGCCUUCCAGACCCCGGAGGCCUACUGCGAGAAGGCCAUCUUCCGCUCGCUGGCCUACAUGCGCCCCCUCAGCAUCUGGGCCAUGCAGCUGGCUCUGGAGCAGCGCCGGCAGGAGGGUGACGGGGAGGCCGGUCAGCUCGCUGCGGGCGGUGGAAGCAGCUGAGAUCGUAUGGGGGGCCAUACGGGGAGCCCUGCAGAAAUGUCAGAGGACAUCACUGUAACUCUGUGAGCUUGGAGUAACUCUGUGAGCUUGGAGAGUCAGACUGUCAAAAUCACGUAAACUCAGAUUCCUAUGAAAACCAGACAGGUUAAGAAGAUGAUUGGCUGAGUCUAGAUUGCCUGAUUUAUUACUCUGACUGUUAUUAUUAUUACACUUGAAUGCUGUAAAGAUGCUUAAAUGAUUUUACAAAUGGCAUGUAUGACACUUUAUCACUAAUCAAAUGCAGGAGUCUUUUAUUGCUGUAAUAUUUAAUGUAGCAACGUUCAUGACAUUAAGGAAGGAAAAAUCAAAAUAAAAAUUGAGAAUUUAAGGUGCUGCGUAUUUAAGCAUGGGUCAGGGUUGCUGAGAGAAACACAGCCCCUGUCACAAUGUAUGAGACCAAAGGGAAUCUUUAAGCUUUUCUCAGCAAAAUCGUUAUAGUAAUGGAUGCCUGGCCUGCCUUUAUUAAAAAAAAACAAACAAAUGAGUUAUGCCAAAAAUACAAUGAGGAGGAAGGAGAUGUUUUGGUAGAAAGGCUGUGAUUAGUGUUACCGGGUCUUUUUGCAGAGCACUGAGGUGUUGCAGGUCAGUAUUAGCAGAUCCCCAGGCCGCUAUACACCUUUCACAGAACAAAUUCUCAACGUUUAUCUUUGUUAGAAUUCUAUACUGUCCCAAGUGAUCUGCAAAAAAGCAUCUCAAUAGGAAAAAGUAUAUUUGAUAGAUUUUUUUUUUUUUUAGUACACCGUAUGCUCAAGCAUUCUUAGCUGUAAAUGCGGAUUCGGAGAUGGGUGUGAGCAUCUGUGAAGGAAUAUUCCAGAGUAAAAAAUGAUCAAAAUUGAUCUUGUAGGGAUUAAAUUUGUAUUUGCAUGUGUUUAUGUAACUGUGAGGUUCUGAAAAAUAUAGAAAGUAAUAAAUUAUGUAUAAUGACAUCACUCCACUAUCAUGUAGUGUUUCUAAUAUAAGAUAGCAAGCAUUCUGAUUUUACCGAUACCAUUUACUAUUACAGCAACAACUUCAAUGAUUGCAAAUAUCUAACUGAUUAUAAAGCAUGAUGUAACAGUACCAUCUUGUGGCUGCUACUACCCUAUGACAAAUCUACAGGGUAAUGGUGGCAUCUGGAAAACAGGUGAGUCGCUCUUGCUGCCAGACGGGCUUCACCUACUGUGCACUUUGUCAACACAUAAUCAUAACCUCAUAAAUGGAUACUUCAUGAGGUCAAAUGUCAUCUACAGUCACCCUUUGGUGCCGGUACAUAGUAUUGUUGGAUUUUGAGGUAAUUUGUCUCAAUAUUUGAUCAGCUCCAGUAAUCCACCCAUAUACUGCCUCUGCAAAGUUUGAAAAAGAUCCAUUAAAUACUUUGUAAGUUAUCUUACAGGCAUAUAAUAUCAGGCAUAUAUACCCUUUUCUUUGCUCAUACUAUGUGGUACUGCUUCAGUUUUAGUGCAAUGUCUCAAAAUCUGACCAGUUCCAGUUCCAGUGUGUCACCCUGGGAAUGAGUCUGCAAAGUUAGAGAAAUAUCUGUGAUAUACAGUAGGUAUAAAAAAUGUACACACCCUGUUUAAAAUGCCAGGUUUUUGUGAUGUAAAUAAAUGAAACCACAAUAAAUCAUUUCAAAACUU